UGCUAUGGAGGUGUACUCAGGUCUACCCAGGGCAUCCAUUCUAUCUACAUAUGUAUCCCUCUCGACUUUUUAAUUUUUCAUAAUUCUAAUAUAUCUCAUAUACCAACUACAGUACCUAAAAGAAUCAAAUUCGUCUCACUUAACUUUUUUCAAAGCUACAAAAUAACCUCAGGAAGUCUGACAUCUAGCCUACCUAGUGAUGGAUCCAUCACUCUUCGGGACUAUCAUCCAAGUCGAGUCUAAACCCAACUUACAUGAACAUGUUCUCCCAACGACCCCUAAAAGGGUAGUUUCCAGAACCUAUCCAGCAGUCCCUCAGGACGACUCCAUCGAGCUUGAUUCCCUACGGAGCUUUCGCAAUGGCGUUAACACCUCUGCUCCCACAACUCCUCGCACUGAGCGCGAUCUGGAGAUGAGCUACCCAGGGACCCCAGUUGAGCCAUUGGAGCCAGUAGAUGCCGUCGAUGCCCUCCCAACUCUUAACAACCCCCCUAUGAAUAAAUACAGGCUGGCAUCUUGCUGCUUUCAAACCUUCCUAGGCGGAUUGACUGAUUCUGCCCCUGGUGCUUUGAUUCCUUAUAUGGAAACUCACUAUAAUAUCGGAUAUGCUGUAGUAUCCCUUAUCUUUGUGGGCAAUGCACUGGGCUUCAUCGUGGCCGCAGCUUUCGUCGAUAAGAUCCGGCAACGACUAGGACGGGCCAAGGCCAUCGCCGUGUCCAUGGUCUGUAUAGCCCUUGGCUUCAUCCCCUUGGUCUGUGCUGCCCCAUUCCCAUCGAUUGUCAUCGCCUAUUUCUUCAUCGGCUUCGGCACCGCCAUCGCACUGGCUAUCGGCAACGUGUUCUGCGCAAACCUACAGAAUGGCACCACCAUGCUGGGAGCCAUGCACGGGUCCUACGGUAUCGGCGGCACGAUCGGGCCACUCGUCGCCACGUCCAUUGUGUCUACAGGGUCCAUAUGGAGCCGAUACUAUCUCCUGACUUUGGGGUUCACCCUCUGGAAUCUCUGCUUCUCGACUUGGUCAUUCUGGGACUAUGAGAAGGAGCUUGGAGAGUUCCACGCGCUAUCGGAAACUACUUCUCGGGGAAUGGAUCAAGUGGCCGGUAUGCUCCUCGCCAUCAAGUCCAGGGUGGUGGUAUUGGGCGCAGUCUUUAUCUUCGCCUAUCAGGGAGCUGAGGUGUCCAUCUCCGGAUGGGUUAUUUCCUUUCUCAUUACUGCCCGUAACGGCGAUCCGUCAUCGGUCGGAUACGUGACAUCAGGCUUCUGGGCUGGUAUCACGUUGGGCCGCUUCGUGCUCUCUCCUAUUGGCUCCAAGGUGGGCGAGAAGCUAUUCGUUUAUCUGCUGGUGGCUGGUGCGACCGUCUUCCAGCUGCUGGUCUGGCUGGUGCCCAAUAUCAUCGGCGAGGCCGUUUCGUUGGCUAUUGUUGGGUUGCUGUUAGGCCCCAUCUAUCCUUGCGCCGCAGCCCUCUUCACGCGCAACCUAUCACGUCGCGAGCAGGUCAAUGGAAUGAGCAUUAUCAGCGCGUUCGGCAGUUCGGGCGGAGCGAUCACACCCUUCACUACCGGUCUGUUGGCCCAGGCAGCUGGUACCUUCGUUCUCCACCCCAUCGCUAUCGGCUCGUUCGCAAUCAUGACGCUUUGCUGGUUUGGGCAACCUGGUACUAGGAAGAGGACGGAGUGAUAGGCUGUUUUUCUAUUUAAGAUGGAAUAUUCACGUAUCCAGUGCGAUAAUGACGGAAGGAAAAAAAGAAUUGGAGGGUGAUCGGUCAGGUUAUAAAAAGUAGCUAGGUAGUUUUCAAUGUAAUAGGACAACAAAUCAUCCGAAAGUAGACCUGAGCCAUUUUAA